CUGCCGCGGCUGCGUCCGUUACUUCCAUGGUCCGAGUUGCAGCUUUUGCAGCGCCUCUGUUUCCGGACGCAACCUUUAAGAUGCAGGAGGCGCAUGGAGCGAGUUCCAUUGGAGCUGGAGACGAAGAAGGACUUCAAAAAUGGCAAUGCUCAAGGUUCUGUCGGUGGCAGUAGGGGUGCUGGCGGUGGCACGGGCGGGCGUAGUUCCACAACCCCUCGCAUACGCGGGGUACGCGGAACACGGCCACCCUGUUAUCUACGCUGAACCCGCUGCGCCCGCGCCCUACGCAGUCCCCGCUGAGCACGCCGACCACGUGUCUUACGCCCCCGCCGAGCACGCUGCCCCUGUAAGCUACGUAGCUGACGCACCAGUUGCCUACGCCGCUGCGGCUCCCGUGGCACCCGUCACCUACACCGCUGCCGCACCCAUCGCCCUGGCCGCCAAGUCCCUCGACUACGACCCGCACCCCGAGUACAAGUUUUCGUACGACGUCCAAGAUGACCUGACGGGUGACUCCAAGAGCCAGGUGGAGAGCCGCAGCGGCGACGUCGUCAAGGGGUCCUACUCUGUCGACGAGCCGGACGGCACCCGCCGCAUCGUCGACUACACCGCCGACGACGUCAACGGCUUCAACGCGGUCGUGCGCAAGGAGGCCCAGGCUCCUAAGUACGUCGUGCAGCCUGUGCACUACGCUCCCGCCCCAGGCCUGGUGCACUACGCCAGCUCCGCCGCCACCUACCACCGCCGGUAACGCAUAUCUCCUUCUAAAAACGUAAAACUAAGUCACUACCGUCAUUACUUUUUUAGGCCUAUCGCUUUUAGUCACGAAACACAUGCCGCAAUGUUUUUAAACUGUGUGUCCGUGUUUCAAAUCUCAAAAGUAAUGUCAAAAAUUAAAAUAAAUCAAAAUAAGCAGGUGGCAUGUGCCUUUAAAUCGCCCUACAAGAGGCAGUGUAGCAGUCGAAACCCACUCAAGGCCUUCGCAGGCGCACACCCCGUAUUUGGGCUGAUCAGACAGGCUGGACGGGUAUGAAAAAUUAUCGCGAACGAUAUUCGAAAUGCAUUCCGAGAGGCGGCCAGCCGCCAUGUCCUGCCCUUGUCUCAAAUAACAAAUCAAGACAAACAAAGGGCUCUAUGCGGUUUAGCGAGCAGCAUUAGCCAAGUCAGCUCUGGCAGUCUACCAUGGCCUUGAACAGAAUGAUCUGUUCUCAAUGUUAAAUUUUAAAACAAUAAAUAAAUUGUUGUACUAAA